AUGGACAACCGAGGAACAGACUAUGCCGGGGACCAAGGGAUUCCAGAGCUCGACCUCUUUGCGGAGGACUCGGAUUACGAAGAUGGUGUGUAUAAGGAGAAUCAUACUACCGGUGAUGAUUUGCCUCCAGAUUUGAUAUCUGGUAUCCAGAAAACGAACAAAAAGGGUACUCUUUUAACUUUAGACAACUUUUGGCACAACACCUCGAAUUCUGUGCUUGAAGCGCCGCGCUCACGCAGAAACGUACUGUGGGACUUCACUGUCUUUCAUAAUUUACGAGAGGAGCGGGAGGGUCGCUAUGUUUCAUGUGUAAAGCAGCUUGAGUCAGAGGUAGUGCUGGCGAUUAAGAAGGCAAAAGUAGCUAUCCUUAGCGACGUGACAGAGGCUGCAGAUGCACAGCUAUUUGUGAAAGAUGUUGUAGCUGUAUUUGAUUACCAGGUUGGUAGUCUUGUUCGUCGCUUUCGUGUAAACGAUAUGAAUGGGUCACCGCUCUUCUCUAAGCCCGCGGAUGGAUUCGACGAUAAAAACCGAAAGGUGGCCAUAGAAGCCUAUCUCAAAUCUAAUGACGAAUUUCUAAAGUUAAAAGCCAAACUUGCUGGAUUCAGGGUGGCAAAAAACCGUCUUAUUUCUGCUUCAUUGGCCCGGCUUCUGAGCUCAGUAAAUGGGCUACGCAACAAAGUGGUCUCCGAAAUCUUUGAACCCAACUCACGCGGAUGCAAACGAAUGACCAUCACGCGCUUUCUGCGCCAGAUGGAUAAAAUAUCAAGUCGUGCGGAUUUCGCAGGCGAAUACAGAUUCGAUUUGCUUAAGACUUUUGUAAAAAAUAGGGAAGAAUUGGAAAGUUUCAUUCAACACAACGCAACAUUCGGUUCUCCAUCCGACGAUGCACUACAUUUUGAAGAUUUUACCAACCAAUUCACACCAGACUAUAGUGAAUGGGAACCUAACCCCGGUCCUGACAAAACUAAUUAUGAACCUAAUGUGGGUAGUUCUACCCGCAGUGAAAUUGGUGAAUCGGAGAUGCGUGAUCACAUGAUGGACUUUAUGAACGCCACUCCGCCCGAUGAUAUGAUAAUGUCGCCCGGCGAAUACGAGGCAUCAGAGAAUAUGGCUUACGAAGAUUCCUUCUUUGGAAAGCCGGACGAACCGCACUUGAUACCUUCCACAAGUUCAGAAGACAGCAAGAAAUUGCAAAUUGACGAGAAACUUGAAAGGGACAGCGACGAGGCACAACUCAAGUUACUUGAGGAGGCGCGUAAGAGGGCGGCAGAAAUUUUGAGGCAAAAACGCCUCAAUAGAACCGCUGCUGAAUGA